AACCAAAGCCAGUAAGUCUGAUCAGAGCCUGAGUGGUUGAAUCCACAUCCAGAUGAUCAGGAUGGUUCCCUUCUUCUUCAUUCACCUGCUACUGAUGGCUCUGCUGCUUCAACGCACUGAAGAAAAGAAGGAACCGAGGAGACAGAAGCCACCUGAACAUGAUGUAGAGAUGCAUCAUCAAGAGUUUUGCUUGAGAAUUCCCGAAGCUCCUCGGUCGACCGGUUUGCAUUUUGAAACCCCACAGCCUACAAAGUCCGAACCCAAACUAGCUAGAAAAGAAACCAACAGUCUCAAUCUGGCUGCACCAAUACCCAGACGAGCAGGACAACCUGAUGUUCAUAGAUCACCGAUGUCUGGGGAAGAAAACUCUCCAUCUGCUGAUGGUCCUGAAAUAGUACCAAGGAUCGCCCCCGUUGAUUUAAACAGUCCAGAUGGGCACGUCAAAGUCUCAGACGGAUGCUACUGCAAAGAGCAAAACCAGAAGCCGUCCAUUGAGAACUACCAAGUCAGCAGCCUGAGCAUACGCUAUCCCAGUGAAACCUGCAGAUCAACUGAAUACAUUGAAGUUUUAAAAGACGGAAGGAAAGUUUGUGCGACGCAGUUCAGCCUUGUGGCUCAUUUUUAUCGGUCUCUGCCCAGAUGGGUACCGAAGCAAAGGUCAACAGCAUCACCUGAGAUCUCAUCUACUACACAUCAGACCACAACAUCCACCCCGACACGCCUGGCAACCACAACCGAUGGUUCUGACUCAAUUAUACGUUAUAGAGGUCCAGAUGGAGGCGAAUACAUUUUGCAGACACACCGUAUUGUUGAGGAGCCAGCGGGGAGUAUUUCAGCCAGCAAAGGCGCUGCAGGCAGUCUGAGUGAUCAGAUUGGACCUCCGAAUUUUUCUCUUCUCGAAGAACUUUGCGCCAAGUGCACAGGAAUUGUACCGUGGAACGACUUUGACCUGAAGGACGUUCAGUUGGUGGAUUUGAAACUCCAAUCAUCCAACUGUCCCGCCUUAAUCUCUGUCAGCCUGACUGAUGGACGCCAAAUUUGUAUGGAUUCUUCCCACCCUGAGUUCCAGCAGUUUCUGGACAAGUUGGAAGUUAAAGAACCUUAGAUCUGACACUUAAUGUGGUAAAGUUUAAGAUUGAUGUCAGAUUAGCAUACCACAAGGAACAGAGACUAUAUAUAUAUAUAUGGUUGGGAAGCAAAUACAUCAUCAUCCUUAAAUGUUAACUAUUAGGUUUAACAUUUAGGAAAACUGAGAAAAAGACUAAAAUUUAAAAUUCAUGUACUGCAUGGCUUUAUGGCUUUUCUUUUUGUUUUUUGUUUCAUAACUCCACAUGGUUAUUCUUUUCAAAGCUUGUAGAUAGACAUGUUACUAGAAUGACGACCUAAAACGUCUCAAAAGACACAGACACACAGUGAACUGACGGGAUGUUUUACUGAAACUUUGAUUCAGUUUAAAGCGUCAAAAGAUCUUGUGGUAGAAAAACACCUCAAUAUGUUCUUGUUGACAGGAAGUCUGUUUUGUGAUGUGAAGUUUGUCAAAAUGAACCUCGCUUGAUAAAGUGUAAGAGUCCUAUAUAGGAAGGAUUUUUUGUUGUCGUUUUUUUUUAGGUGUAAACUGAGGUCAUGUAUGUUUGAGACUCUUAUUGUGAAGUUAAAAAGGAAAACUUCCUGC